ACAACAACAAAAUGUCAAGCUAACAACAAUAACAACAACAACAACAAGUCCAGCUACGACAAUGCUGCCCAUCAUCAAUGAGCUGCCCGUGGAACCGGAAGACACUGAUGAUGAUUACACACACCAUUUUAUCGCUGGCGAGGAUGCGCUGCACUUGUUGAACAGCACCACGCACAGCAUAGCGAACAGUGUAAGCAGCAGUUCCCUCAACUCCCUCAUGUCCAACUGCAGCUCCAAUUCCACAGCGGACUCGCUGACCACCAUCAGCCAGAAGCCGUCGAAUGCCAGCAAACACUUUGAGAACACGUACAAACUGCUUGGUCAGCAGCUGGAGAACAAUUGCCAGCGGACUGCAGAGAAACUGCAGCAAUUGGAUAAAUCAGUCGAUUCGAGUCUGGAUAGCAGUUGCUGCUCCUCCAUGAUGUCGGCGAUUGUCCAUGGCACGGGACCGGCACCGACACGCCUCGAACUCGAACUGGAGGCCGUUGAGCGCAUGCGCAUCAUUGUGCAGCAGUUGAAGGUGUCGUCCAGCGUGGAGACAACGGCAUCGGCACCGCUACUCGCCCUCUUGCAUGACUUUGCCGCCAAGGGGCAGCCAGAGUCCCACUCAAAUACGGCCACACCUGUGCCAAGUCCCAUCACGGGCGCCAUUGCGGCGGAUGGACCCAAUUUUGAGCUGCCCCCAGAGUUGCUGGACAAGGCUAACUCGUGGGAGCUCAUGUACUAUGCUUCCAAGAAUGUCGAUGGCCGGAAUUGUCUGAAAGUUGUGCGCAGUCUGUUGACCAACAAAGUUCUAUGUGGUAACCGUGUUAGCCAGAUGACUCGCGCCUACGAUGACAUUGAAGCCGUGACGCGUCUGCUCGAGGAGAAGGAGAAGGACUUGGAGCUGACGGUGCAAAUUGGCAAGGAGCUGCUCACCCAAAAUAAUGCACUCGAGGCGCGUGUCAGUGAUCUGGAAACAGAUCUCAAAUCCUCCAACGAUGAUCGCUCCCAGCUACUGCACGAGCUGCACAAGAAAAAUGAACUGAUUUCGGUGCUAACCAACGAUGCAGACGAUGGCACCGAUGGGGAUACGCCAACGAUGUCCAAGUCGAUAACGCUGGAUCUGCUGCAGAAGAAGGUCAACUCUCUGCUGGAUGAGAACAAAUCGCUGAAGUGCGAGGCCACCCAACUGGCCCACCAGACCGAUGAGGUGGAGGAGCACGAACGGCGACUGAUGGCGGACAUCAGUGCGCAGCUGAACGAUGCCAAUUCACAGUAUGACAACAUUAGUCUGGAGCUGGAGCGACAACGGGAAGAGAAUCGCCUGCAGCACGAACAGAUUAUCAGUUUGACGGCUCGUCUGGCGGAGGCUGAGAUGCGAUUGCAUCAGUUGACGCAGGACAACGAUGAGCAUCUGUCGCUGCUGCACGUGACCAAGGAGAAUCAGAAUGCGCUCGCUCUCGAGCUGGUUGAGUUCAAGCAGCGCUACGAGGAGGUCCUGGCCCUGCUUCACUCCGCUCAGGAUCAACUGAAGCAGCAGAGGAAACGCACACAGCCCCAGGCACGCAGCUCCUUCCUCGGCGGUCUGGGCACAAAUGGUGCUGCGGCUUGUGUCGCCAUCGAAUCGUUGCAAUCGGAGUUGAUGGAGUCAUCGCUGUACUCGGAGAACAGCCUCGACUCGGGCAUUUCGGGUGAUAGCCAACGCUGUGCGGAUCGCAUUGGACGCAUGAUGUCCCAUCUGCCGCAGCUGCCGGGUGGUGGCAACAUGAUGGCAGCCAGUAGCAUCUAUGGUCCGCCGCCAUAUAAGCGUGCCUUUGACACGGUUCGCUGUGCCACCAAGGGUGGCAACUACAUGGACAGUGGCAAUGUGUCGAUGACCCAACUGGGCGCCAUGUCCAUGAGCAGUGCCUCCGGUCCGCGCAUGGCCUCGAUGGCGUAUCCAGCUGGCUCGUAUUAUCGCGGCGCCAGCGGUGGCAGCAGCCAAUCCCUGGGCCUCAAGACGCUAUCGAAUGAGAGUCUGAACUCGGCGCAAUCGGACGACGUUUAUCCCGCACAGCCAUCGGGUGUACCUGGCGCACCAGGUGCGAAGGAGCUGGAGGCGGCACUCAAGCGAUUGACGCCCGCCGAGGUCUUGGCCCGCCGUGCCAUGCUCUCGUAUGCGCCAAUCGGCACCUACAACUACGACGAGCCCCAGCAGCAGCACACGCGUGGCUGCGGAUUGGGUGCGACAGGUUUGCCGAUGGGCGUGCGUACGCCGGAUAGCAUUAUGUCGGUGGGUUCGAUGGGCUCCUCGGGUCUGGCAGCGACGACGACGCAUCAGUGGCGUCUGCCAGAGAAAUUGCAGAUCGUGAAACCCAUGGAGGGGUCACAGACACUGCACCACUGGUCGCGCCUCGCGACGCCAACGCUCAGCGGCCUGCUCGAGGAGCGACCAGGUGUGACAAUACGUGGCGGACGUGGCCUCGACGAUCUGGGCAUGCAGGUGUACACGCUGUCCGACGUCGAGGAGGAUGUCAGCGAGGAACUUGGUCUGGGCAAACAAUUCGAAGCGCCCGGCUGCACCUACACCUACACGAACAGCAUGGUCAUGCAUCCCGACGAUGGGUUCGUCAACGAUCUGUCCUUCCUCUCCCAAUCGCAGAUGUCCUCACGCAUGGCCUCCACAUCGACAUCAAGACAGCCAAGUUGUCCCGCGACGCCACGCGCUGGAAUGUCUCGCAAGAACUCCUGCUCGACGUUCUCGGUGAAUCUUGGACUCGCUGGCAUGCUGAAUGAGCGCGGCAUCAAGGCGGUUACGCCCAGUGCUCUGAACACGCCCGCCGGUCCCAACUAUUCGCCGACGGUGACGCCCUGCAACAGUCCCGAGGGUUCUCCGCCACGAGGCCAAUCCCCCGAGCCACUGUUCGGUCUGCUCUCAUCGGGCGCCGAUUUGAUACGGCGCAAAUUGGUCGGACCAAGUGAUCAGCAGUUGCAGCGGACGCUGACCAAGCAGCAGCAUCAGCAGAAGGUGAUGCUGUCACAGCUGGAGCGACGAGCGCUGCGCUCGCUCAACCUGAUCGAGAAGGUGGAGAGCAUCGGACUGGAGAACAUAAUCAGUGCACAGCGUGGCCGGGGCGCCGGCAUCGCCAAUCGGAGCAGUUCGCCCCUGUCCCAGCUGAGCAGCUGUGGCUCCUCAUCCGGCGACAGUCUGCAGAGCUUGCACACGAGCAGCAAUAGCAUCGUGGAUGACAUUCACUUUGAUCGCGCACAAAUCAAGGGCGUACUCCAUCGUGGCCUCAAAUCACCAGCUCCAACAGUGCUGGGUGGAAAGGGAGGAGACGGAGGCGUCGCUGCUGCUGCAGUCAGCAACAGCAGUGCAACAAGCAGCGCAUACAACAGCGAGGAUAGCGAUGAUCAGGGCAUUGUGAUCCAACUCAAGUCGAAGACAACAACGAAAGUGGUGUCCAAGCCCCCAGCUGGAGCAACUGGAGUCAGUGGCUCGACCUCCUCCUCAGCUGCGAAUGGUGCGAGUGCGAGUGAAACGCGCUUGAAGCAAAUGCAGCGACAAAAGUCGCGACGCAAUUUAAAGAAUGGCCUCGCCGCACAACGACCCGAUCUGGGCACCAUUGCUGGUGCUGGUAGCGGAGGAUUAGGUGGACGUGUGCGACCCGAUCUGGGCAAGGUGGCGACGGACACCGGCAGCAGCUCAACAGCUGCCGGCAGGAUGAGCAGCGAUAAUGAAUCAAAGGCGGCAGCGCCGAGCAUUACGCAGAGUUUUGUGGGUUCCGUUAGUUCCUUGUUGUUUGGCCGCAAGGGCGGCUGGCUGUAAGCGUAACACACAAACACACACACAACAACACACACCCACACACACCUAGGCGAGAGAACUAGAUAAAGAUUAGCGCGCGACGCACUCUGAUUUCAUUGAAGCAAACAAAGCAACGCAAAGCAAAGCAAAGCCGCCAGCAAACAAAUCAGCCUUAAGCGAUAUACUAUUUUUUAUUUAGUUCUACAUUAUAUAUACAUAUAUAUAUAUAUAUAUCAUAUACACGCUGGAGCAAGUAAAGAAAAGGGGUAUUCUUUUGUUAGUCACCGCCUCGCUGCCGUCGCCAAUUUGCAACACUUGCUUGUUUUAACGACGAUGUUAUGCAACACUGGCCCGCCCGCCUGACUUAGUGUUUGUAGCUGUGAUUUGUAAAUACUUGUAGUAAAACGUUUAAAUUUAGUAGUUAUUAUUAAUGAAAUUCACUUGGUUUUUUUGGCUUUUGCAACGGCGGCCAAUUAGGCCAACAGAACAGUUGUUGUGAGAGAAAAAAAAACAGUUCAAAGGCAGCAGCAGCAGCUAUUUUUAUUUUUAUUUACUCAAAUAAUGUACUAUUAUAAUUAUUUUUGCCAAUUUUGUAUUUAUUUCCAUAUAUAUGUGUGUUUACUUAAACGAUGCGUAGAGUAAUUAAUUAAUUUUGAUUUUUACUUCAUUUCAAGGAGGUGCGGAAUGUAUAUAAGAUAAUUAAACUGAAUUGAAUGGUGGAUUUGCAAAAGGGAACAUAUAUUUUUUUACACAUUGUAUAUAUCGUUUAGGUUUUUGCUUUCCACACACUCUUUAUACCUACGUACGUAUAUAUAUCACAAAAUUGAGGAAACUUUCAACUGCUUGCAUUAUAUAUUCUAAAACGCUUUUGUGUUCUUUUUUUUCGGUGCUCAGCCAUACAAAUAGGAGGGAAUACUAUAUCCGAAACUAAACCAUUUGUUUCUAGUCUCUACUUACUCGGCUCGGCACUCGUUUGGCUAUGCGGCCCAUAUUUUGUUCAAUGCAUAGCUCCUAAAUAGAGUGCACUGAACCAAAUUUAACAAACAUUUACUUAGAAGCUAUGCUAGUUUUUAUUUUAUUUCGACAAAAACAACAAAAAUCCAACUACCCCAUUUACAUUUGGAUGUUGGUUAGCGGCGCUGUUAACUAACAGAACACAGUUCGCAACACAUGUUACCAAAUCACCGUUAGCUAACAGCGUCUGCCUUCUGUCAACGUGCUUCUCAAACGAAACGUGCGCAAUUAAAAAAGGCAAAAAGAAAAGAAAAAAACGAACAAUACAUUUGAAAUAUAUUUUGCAUUAUUAGACAUUUUUGACUUUGAAGACACAUACAUAUAUCACUAUCGAAAUGAAUAUUAUAAAAUGAAAAGCAACAUAUAUUGACGAAAUUGUACACGCUUUGAGAAUUUAGGUUUACAGUAUGUAAUAAGUAAUUAUGUACACAAAAAACAACAAAAAAUAGAAGAAAAAAAACUGGCAUCAGUGCUAAUCGAGUGUGUGCCCACAACAAAUGUAAAAGUUAUUAGUUGUAAUUAUUAUCAAUACAUAUAUUUAUUUACAUAUGCAACAAAUAAAGAGAACAUCGUUAAAUUCUAA